AGACAUCCUUCAAUUAUAGACGUCCAUCCACCUUAAAGCAAAUUCUCUUUGGCCUCAUCAACAUUCCAUACAAAACCGACCCUCCCUCGUUCCCUUUAAGAUUUGAAAAUGACUUGUGGAGAGGCUAAUCAAGCUGCAACAUUACUAUUUGUGUGAGAAAAAAGGUUGAAUGAUUCCUUUCAUGUCCCACAUCUUUUGCCUUUCAAUUAUUCCUUCUUACCUGUGCAUGCAAAUAAAAUGCCACCUAUUGAUUCUUCAUUCAUACUCUCCACCCUCCUCAUCACAUUUCCUGGCUUCUUUUCUCUUCUCCAGCUAUGGUUCCAGAAUUAGAGAAACCUCGGAUUACCGAGAUACAUGUUCGGAUGGAUUGUAAUGGAUGUGUACAGAAGAUUAAGAAAGCACUACAUGGCAUCAACGGUAUAUAUGAUCUCUACAUUGACUUCCCUCAGCAAAAGUUAACAAUAAUAGGGUGGGCGGAUCCAGAGAAGAUAGUAAAAGCCAUUAAAAAGACGAGGAAGAUUGCCACCAUAUGUUCCCAUAUAGAACAACCAACAGAGCCUGCUUCUCCUCCAGCAGAACAACCCCCCGAAGGUGCCGCAGCACCACCUCCCGAUGCAGCAAACCCUCCUCCAACAGAAUCACCUCCACCAGCCGAACCAGCUCCACCUCCUGAAGCUGCCCCACCAGCCGAGCCACCAAAGGAUCCGCCACCACCGGAACAUCCACAACCAGAGGCACUACCAACACCUGUGGCUGCUGAGACCAAUCUAGGCCAACAACAUCCGGUGUACCACCACAGGCCAAGAGAAGUUGGGGAAGUUCAUACCAUAUACCACCACCCAGCUGAUUAUGGCUACAGAUACGGCUACCCCGGCUACUAUAAUAGAUACCAUAAUAGUCAAGGACCUCCACCAGAACCAACUCCUCCCCCUGCCCCGGCUCCAGCUCCGGCUCCGGCUCCAGCUCAAGUUCCAGUCCAUACACCACCGGUCUAUGUGACACAUAGCUACAACACAUACAGGCCAUCACCUUAUGUCACUGAAUAUGAGUAUGUUCAGCCACCCCCACCACAACAGACGCAUUACAGUAGGGUCAGCCAAUACCACCACUACAAUCAGGAUCAACCGUAUCACAAUAUCAGCAAUGGAAAUGGAAAUGGCAACAUCACGUCGAUUUUUAGCGACGAAAAUCCGAAUGCGUGUGCUGUAAUGUAGACAGAGAGAUUGGUGCUGAAGGCGGGCGCUAAAGAAUCUCAGGCGCGAAAGUUAAUGGAGAAUAUAUUGGCCUAUAAAGAUGUAUCAUUUGGUGGCAAGAUAUAUUUUCUAAAACUCAUGUGAUGAUGUUAGGGGGAGGAAUGAGAUUCUAAGCUUGUAAGAGAAGAGAGAAUUGAUCCUAAAUCCCACUCGGGGGACUUAAUACAUAGUACUGCCUGGAAUUCAGUUUUAUGUAAAAGAAUUCUAUAAAGCGUCUAUAUUUUUGAACCAUAUAUACUAUCAGCCAUUCAUUUUUCAAAUAUAACCAUACUUUUUCUUCAUUAUUAGCUACUCUUGACUUCUGCACUUUAAAAGUA